AUGGCGAAGGUAUUCGAUGCAGCAGAAGUUGCAAAACACAAUACCCGGGAGAGUUGCUGGGUGGUACUGUAUGGGAAAGUCUAUGAUGUGACGGAUUUCCUAUCUAGCCAUCCUGGUGGCGCCAAAAUCAUUUUGAAACUUGCCGGGAAGGAUGCCACUGAAGAAUACGACCCAAUUCAUCCUCCAGGAAUUCUUGAGGAAGAACUGAAGCCAGAAAAAUGCCUUGGAACUGUGGAUGUGGCUUCAAUGCCCAAGGAAGAGACUCCAGCUAAGACCCAGGAACCUGCUCAGGGACCACCGCCCAUGGAGAGCCUUCUCAAUCUGGAUGAGAUCGAAGCAGUUGCAACCAAACAGGUCAAUCCGAAAGCAUGGGCAUACUAUUAUUCUGCUUCCGACGACAAAUACUCCAAGAAAUUCAACAACGAAGUCUAUCGAUCAAUCAUUCUCCGACCACGAGUCUUCAGAAACUGCGAGCCCUGUGAUCUGAGUAGCACUGUUCUCGGACAUAACCUGGGCAUGCCAAUCUAUGUGUCUCCUGCUGCUAUGGCCCGUCUUGGUCACCCUGCCGGUGAAGCCGGGAUCGCUGAGGCAUGUCGAAGCUUUGGUGCCAUGCAAAUCAUCUCGAACAAUGCAUCCAUGACCCCGGAGCAGAUUGUCAAAGAUGCGGCUCCCGAUCAAGUCUUUGGCUGGCAGUUAUAUGUUCAGAUUGACCGGAAGAAGAGUGAAACAAUGUUGGCACGUAUCAACAAGCUGAAGGCCAUCAAAUUUAUUGUCCUUACCUUGGAUGCCCCUGUUCCCGGCAAGCGUGAAGAUGAUGAGAAAAACAACUUUUUUGGAGCAUCAGCACCAGUGCCAAGGGGGGCGAAGGAGAGUGAGAAAUCAAACGACACCCCAGACGUCUCACAAGCCUCGGGUGGAGUAGGAAAGACUCUUUUCGCUGGCACGGACCCGACUUUGACUUGGCAAGAGACAUUGCCUUGGUUGGCGAAGCACACUGAUCUGCCUAUUGUACUGAAGGGUCUCCAGACACAUGAGGAUGCUUAUUUGGCAUCAUUACAUACUCCACAGGUCAAGGGAAUCAUCCUCUCGAACCAUGGUGGACGGGCUUUAGAUACUGCGCCUCCCGCAGUCCAUACAUUGCUGGAAAUUCGCAAAUACUGCCCUGAAGUCUUUGACAAGCUAGAGGUCUAUGUGGAUGGCGGUAUUCGCCGAGGCACUGAUAUUGUUAAGGCUCUGUGUCUAGGCGCCAAGGCCGUUGGCAUUGGCCGUGCUGCCCUCUGGGGAUUGGGAGCUGGUGGCGUCGAUGGUGUGCGUCGCACAUUGCAAAUUCUAUCCGAUGAAACCAAAACAUGCAUGCGUCUUCUUGGUGUGGAAACAGUGGACGGCCUUGGACCUCAAUAUAUUAAUACUCGCAUGACAGAGCAGCAGAUCUUUGACGGGCCUUCUGAUCUUGAAUCUCUUCGCCGUGAUUUCCGCGCAAAGCUUUAA